CUUUAGAGUUUACCUCGCCAUUUUUUCGUGUGAAUGCCCAGCCAACUAAACUGCUAAGAUAUUUUAAGUUGUAAAUGUUGUGGCGAAUCACGGCUCCAAUUUGCCGUUAAGUAGUAUGUCCCUCAUUUUGUUGAUAACCUUCGCUGUCAAAUAGACGCUUGAAGUAUACAUGUGUUUAUAGGAUUUUAUGUAAACGUUUUAAUGACACUGAAGAAUCAUAGGUGGCGCUAAGUUCGUCUGGCAGCAGACUAUAAAAAGCCGUCGGCUAACUUCAGCAGCCCACUCUUCGUUCGAUCGUCGGCAGAGACAGAAACACUUGUGAAAGAAAAUGGUGAAGACAAAGUCUACCCCUAGGAAACAGUGUCCUAUGUGCUCCUUUCGAGCAGAUGAUCUUGACGUGAUGCGUAAUCACAUUCUUGAGUGUGGCCUGGAGACCAUGGAGAAGAAGACUCUGGCUUGUCCCGAUUGUAGCUACAAGACAUUCAGGGCUGCAAACAUGACUCGACACCGUAAGCGCCAUACGGAUUCCACAGGAAAUGUGUGUAAGGAUGUGUCCACAACUCUGGCUGCAGAUCGCCCAUCUACUUCCACCUCAACUGUGACUGUCAACACAGAUGUUGAGAGCUGGAGCAACCAAGAUCCUGGGGACCUGCUAGGAGAGAUCUCGGACUCGUCAGAGAACAACUCUACAUCUGAAGAUGAGGGAAACGGUCUUCUGGUCGGACGCACGGUCAGGAAGCCAACCAGACCAGAGCCGGUACAGGCUCCAAAACGGAAGCAAGACCCAAAGAGCUUCGCUAGACCCCAUCCCAAGGACCCUGUAAACAUGGUUCCUAUGCCUGUUACCAGUGGACGCCCUACUGCUAAAAAGUUAUGCACCUAUGUGCAUCGUGCCACUCAGACUGAGGAGGUCAAAACCUCCCGUAGAACUGUUACGAAGACGACGCGGUAUUCCGAAGAUGGUCGAGACAUUGAGGUGGUAGAAUUUGAGGAGUUUUUCGUACCUGAAAUAUUUGGUCGUACAAGUUAGAAGAAUUCAGUGACUUGAUAUUGAAGACACCGACUUUGUCGAUUUUCAUGUCUUUCAAAACAAUACAUAAUUCUUGGAAUGUAUAUCGUCUUUUAGUUAUAUGUUUUCUUAGUUGGAACGUGAGGACACGUUUUACUCGGAGGCGUGGGUAAUGUGGCGAAUCACGGCUCCACUUUGCCGUCAAGUAGUAUGUCCCUCAUUUUGUUGAUAACCUUCGCUGUCAAAUAGACGCUUGAAGUAUACAUGUAUUUAUAGGAUUUUAUGUAAACGUUUUAAUGACACUGAAGAAUCAUAGGUGGCGCUAAGUUCGUCUGGCAGCAGACUAUAAAAAGCCGUCGGCUAACUUCAGCAGCCCACUCUUCGUUCGAUCGUCGGCAGAGACAGAAACACUUGUGAAAGGUAAAUAUGCUAGUAUUGUACAGACGUGCCUGAACAAGGCUUCCCUGUAUCUUACUGCAAAGGCAUAGAGAUAAUUUACUGAAGAGUAAGUACGGAGGUAGAUGUGCCUGAGCAAGGCUUCCCUUCUCCGCUACGGUUACUCUAUGUGAUCGGUACAUCACAUGAUGGUGAAUUAUAACCUUGAGUCUGCCCUGUGAUUGAGAGAAAGUGUAUGGGAGCACUUGGCAUGUAAUAGCUAGAGAGUACUCAGUAGUUACUUUGAGAGGCUCGGUUUAGCUGUUGUUAGAGUGAGUGCUCGUUCUAGGGAGUACUCAUCUCUUGGAUAUGUGAUUCAUGUAUUAUAUGUAGUGAGUGCUCAGUUAUUCAAUUCAUACAUUAGGUAAAGUGAGUGCUCGUUUUAGGGAGUACUCCUCUCUUAGAUAUGUGUUUAUAGUUGGUGUAGCUAAUUUACAGAAGGCAAUUUCUUGUAUAGUCCCAGGUAGGGAGUAAUCAUUUGUUGGCUAGGGAGUACUCAGUAUUUCAUUUUGAGUAGGGAGUACUCAGUAUUUCAUUUUGAGUACUCAUUUUGUUGUUAUAUAUUUCAUAGUUAUUAGAUCAUAGUGUUGUACAUUACUCAGAGGGACUGAGUGCUUUUAGACAGCAAUUAUAUUGAUUAAUUCAUUAGAAAAGGUACCCAAUUAUGCAAGUUACUUUAUCUGUAUAUAUCUGCACUGAGUAGCUCAAAUAACAUCUACAUGUAGUAUAGACAAUCAGGAUCUUCAGUGGAAGUGACUGAUACGAACCCCUGUAAACGUCACAAUGUAAGUUCAAAAACAAAAAUAUCAGGGAUGGCCGAACUUACCUCGGUCUCCCGUAUGUAGAC